AUGAAAGUCUACGCCAUCGCCCUCCUUCUUUCCAGCAGUCUAGCUACCGCUGAAAUCGCCAGAGUAGUCUGCCAACAACCCCCUAGAGAAUGGGGAAACGGCAACUGUAACGGCGACGACACCUGGGCUUGUGGUCAGCGAUGUGGCCGGUGCAUCGACGAGAACGAUCAGCAUGGAUAUGCUGGAUUUUGGCGCUCAUCUGACAACAAGUGCGACUGCUAUUGCUAUUAG